AGGAAGAUGUUUGGGAGGCUCUGGCCCCUUCUCCUGAGCUUCUUCACAGCAACUGCAGUGCCCGGCCCCUCGCUGCGGAGACCAUCCAGAGAACUAGAUGCCACCCCUCGGAUGACCAUCCCUUACGAAGAGCUCUCUGGGACCCGGCAUUUCAAGGGCCAAGCCCAGAACUACUCAACACUGCUGUUGGAGGAAGCCUCCGAGAGGCUGCUGGUGGGAGCCCGAGGCGCCCUGUUCUCUCUCAGUGCCCACGACAUAGGAGAUGGGGCUCACAAAGAGAUCCGCUGGGAGGCCUCGCCAGAGAUGCAAAGCAAAUGUCAUCAGAAAGGGAAAAACAACCAGACUGAGUGCUUCAACUAUGUGAGGUUCCUGCAGCGCCUCAAUACCACCCACCUCUACGCAUGUGGGACUCACGCCUUCCAGCCCCUCUGUGCAGCCAUUGAUGCUGAGGCCUUCACCUUGCCAACCAGUUUCGAGGAGGGGAAGGAGAAAUGUCCUUAUGACCCAGCCCGCGGCUUCACAGGCCUUGUCAUUGACGGAGGCCUCUAUACAGCCACACGGUAUGAAUUCCGGAGCAUUCCUGACAUCCGCCGGAGCCGCCACCCACACUCUCUGAGAACUGAGGAGGCACCAAUGCACUGGCUCAAUGAUGCUGAGUUUGUAUUCUCCGUCCUCGUGCGGGAGAGCAAGGCCAGCGCAGUGGGUGAUGAUGACAAGGUUUACUACUUCUUCACGGAGCGUGCCGCUGAGGAAGGCUCCAACAGCUUCGCUCAGAGCCGCAGCAGCCACCGUGUGGCCCGUGUGGCCCGUGUCUGCAAGGGAGACCUAGGAGGGAAGAAGAUCCUGCAGAAGAAGUGGACAUCCUUCUUGAAGGCUCGUCUCAUCUGCCACAUUCCACAGUAUGAGACGCUUCGUGGGGUCUGCAGCCUGGAUGUUGACACCUCAGCCCGCACACACUUCUACGCAGCCUUCACGCUGACCACACAGUGGAAGACCCUGGAGGCCUCAGCCAUUUGCCGCUAUGACCUGGCGGAAGUGCAGGCUGUCUUCGCAGGCCCCUACAUGGAGUACCAGGAUGGUGCCCGGCGCUGGGGCCGCUAUGAGGGUGGAGUGCCUGAGCCCCGGCCUGGCUCGUGCAUCACAGAUUCGUUGCGCAGCCAAGGCUACAACUCAUCCCAAGACUUGCCAUCCCUGGUCCUGGACUUUGUGAAGCUGCACCCACUGAUGGCUCGGCCCGUAGUGCCCACACGUGGACGGCCCCUGCUGCUCAAGCGCAAUGUGCGCUACACAUACCUUACAGGGACACCCGUUACCACGCCUGCUGGACCCACCUAUGACCUGCUCUUUCUGGGAACAGCUGAUGGCUGGAUCCACAAGGCUGUGGUCCUGGGCUCUGGAAUGCACAUUAUCGAAGAGACACAAGUGUUCAGGGAGCUCCAGGCUGUGGAGAAUCUAGUCAUCUCUCUGAUGCAGCACAGCCUCUACGUGGGGGCCCCUAGUGGAGUCAUCCAGCUACCACUGUCCAGCUGCUCCCGCUACCGUUCCUGCUAUGACUGCAUCCUGGCCCGGGACCCCUACUGUGGUUGGGACCCCAGCACCCAUGCCUGCAUGGCAGCCACCACUGUAGCCAACAGGUCCCAGGGUAGCAGGACAGCACUGAUACAGGACAUUGAGAGAGGAAAUCGAGGCUGUGAGGGCAGCAGAGAUACAGGGCCGCCACCACCACUGAAGACCCGUUCUGUGCUCCGGGGUGAUGAUGUCCUCCUGCCCUGUGACCAGCCGUCCAACUUGGCCCGCGCCUUGUGGCUACUCAAUGGGAGCACGGGCCUGAGUGAUGGGCAGGAUGGCUACCGCGUGGGUGUGGAUGGGCUGCUGGUGACAGACACACAGCCCGAGCACAGUGGCAACUAUGGCUGCUAUGCUGAAGAGAAUGGCCUGCGCACCCUGCUGGCCUCCUAUAGCCUCAUGGUCCGGCCAGCCACUCCUGCCCCAGCUCCACAAGCCCCUGCCAUGCCUGGGGCACAGCUGGCACCCGAUGUGAGGCUGCUCUAUGUGCUAGCCAUUGCCGCACUUGGUGGCCUCUGCCUCAUCCUGGCCUCCUCCCUCCUUUAUGUGGCCUGUCUGCGGGAAGGCAGACGAGGGCGUCAACGGAAAUACUCACUGGGUCGGGCUGGCCUAGCAGGGGGAUCUGCUGUGCAGCUGCAGACAGUCUCAGGCCAGUGUCCUGGAGAGGAAGAUGAGGGUGACGAUGGGGAGGGGGCUGGGGGCCUGGAAGGCAGCUGCCUCCAGAUCAUCCCCGGGGAGGGAGCCCCAGCCCCACCACCCCCACCGCCCCCACCGCCACCGGCUGAGCUGACCAAUGGGCUGGUGGCACUGCCCAGCCGGCUGCGAAGGAUGAAUGGCAACAGCUACAUGCUCCUGAGGCAGAGCAACAAUGGAGUACCGGCAGGGCCCUGCUCCUUCACAGAGGAACUCAGCCGCAUCCUGGAGAAGAGGAAGCACACGCAACUCGUAGAGCAGCUAGAUGAGAGCUCUGUCUGAGCCCAGCCUCCCAGAACAAACGCUCUUCCAAGCCAGCCUGUCUACCCCCGGCUGGGCAGCUGCCCUCCUAACACAGCCACCCUACCUUCACAGCCCCCACUCCUUGCCCUUCUCCCAACUUUUUAGUGUCCCUGUAGGGCUGGCCAGAGUCAGGCCUAGCCAAAGCCCCCUCCUCAGUCUCCACAGACCCACAUGUGAGCAGCCCAGGCCCAUCGGUGCUCCUCAGAGGUAGGUGCUCCCUCAGGACCAGGUGCUCUGCAGACCCAGACCCAGUUCCUGUCCCCUUUACCUACACACUUGGGAGGAGAGGACUCCAUCCUCCUGUCCCAUUCAUCUGCCCAAACCCUUUCUCUUUCUCCCAGACAGGGCUCUGCAGGUCCAGAUGGCCUCAAUGUCACCACCCUCUGCAUGGCCCUGUGUGCUGGAUGGUCCUGAAGCCAGACAAGACCUCUGCCAGCCACUUGAGCCCUGCAUACAUUCACAUGUGCACAUGGAAUAGUUUUUAUCAGCUGGGCUGCAGUGUCCCCACUCCCACCUUCUGGUACAUUCUUGUUUUCUUCCCUUUUUCUGGACUUGUCAUAUCCCAUUCUAGUCCUCUUCCCCAGUGUCAGCUCCAUGUGGUGACCUCUUUGGCAAGAGCUUGAAAACAGGCCAGCCUGAAGAGGUAAGACUGCAUCGUUCCCCUCUUCUCCCUUCCUGUGCAGCCCUUGUGAGUCAGCCUCCCCACUCCCCCGGUCAUUCUCAAGAGAGAGACAGACCUCCAGGCAUGUCCCUCCCUUCCCCUUGCACAUGUGCUUACUUCUACUCACAUGCACCUUCUGAGCCGCCUCUUGCUGCCUCGGACCCACCUGUCGGGUUUGGUCCGUGGACAUUUCAGAGGGAGAUCCCCCUCCUAUUUAGCUGUCCUCACAGACCCUUUCCUAGGAUGGAUGACCAACACUGCACUCAGUGAGCCAGCCUCCCUUUUGGGGACCAAGCAUUUGCUUCCCCUAAACCACAGCAGGGGAAGGGAGGAAAGAUCUGAUGUCUCAACUGGCACAUGAAGCCCGUUCUUGGAACUAUGCAAAGGGCAGAGGCUGGGAGUUUGAAUGUUUGGCUCCCAUCCCUGUCCUACCUCACCGGGGCACUUUCAGGGUCCAGGGGCCUCUGAUGUCUCUAGGCCCAUAUGGGACAAUCAAUCCUGAGUUCCCCCAUGCCCUCUGGAUGAGGAUGACUUAUUUUUGUAGCUGAGAACGUGGAAUCCCACGGGUUUUUACUGCCCUUCACCCAACCUCUCCCACCUCCACCCCACAAUGAAUGUAUUUAUUGUGAGAAUGGCUAUACUUCUUUAGGAAUGCCCCCACUCACCACCCAGGUGGGUGGAAGAGGCAUGUGAGAGUGGGGAGCCGGGGCUCAGCUCCUCCCCCUGUGUUGGUUAAUAAAUGCCCUCUUUCCCCACGGC